CGCAAUAUGGUUCUUGCUAUUGCGAACAUAUAAGUUCCUGCAAACUAACCUUAUUAGUUCUUCACCGUAUUCGUCAGGUUGGCUUAAGGUGGCAAAAAAAAAAGAAAAUGGACGUAGAUAAGGAAGUUCAGCGCCUAGAGCUCCUCAUGGAAGACUCGGAAGCCAACAUGAGUGAAAUAAUCAACAUCUAUUUCAAUAUAGUUAAGGAAGGGACGUCUGCUGUGUCAAGCACUAUGCCCUUCCUCAAGGAUUUAGCUGUUCGCUUGUUGUCCCCUGAAUUGAUGAAAAUUCUGAAAAAACAUAGAUUUGACGCCUUUAGUUAUAUACUAGUCGCCAACAACUUACUGGACGUGGACGAUGUCAAAAAUGAAUUGGAAAAUGGAGACGCCUUAACAGGCCAUGUCCCACCCAAUGCGAUCAGGAAGCUCAAAGCAGAGCUCGGUGUUGCAUCAGUUUUGCCAUCCGCAACCCAAGCAGUAGAACGCGCACCACCAACACAGUUAGAAAAACCACAAGUAUUAAUGAGCAACACGAAUGAUUUGGAUCCCAAAAUUGCAUCAUGCACUGACAAGAUCAGACUACCAAUGGAAAUAAAAAACGAAUGUAGCAGUAUGAAAUACGUUAACUGCAUGCCUGUGUACAAGUUGCCGUUGAAACGAUCAUCAAUUUCUCCGGAGCGUCUUCCAUCGUCAGGCGAUUCUCCUUCGGUGAGCCAGAUACUUCUGGAAGCAAGCAAUGCAAAAACAUUCUUCUGAUGGGUGCCACUGGUUCAGGCAAGACCACCAUGAUCAAUGCCAUGAUCAAUUAUGUAUUAGGCGUUCAAUGGGAGGAUCCUUUUCGUUUCAUACUUAUCGAUGAAGACGUGACAUCUCAAGCUUUUAGCCAGACCAGUGAAGUUACGGCUUAUGACAUCCAUUACAGAAAUGGUUUCCGCAUUCCUUGUUCUCUGACGAUUGUUAACACUCCUGGAUUCGGUGAUACCCAAGGUAUCGAGGGGGACAAAAAAAUCACUUCGGCCAUCAAACAAUUCUUUGAACACAAAAAUGGCAUACAAGCAUUGGACACAGAUGGCUUUGUAGUGCAGUCUGCGCUGGCUCGCCUUACGAGCUCUCAUACGUACAUCUUCAAUUCGGUACUGUCCAUUUUUGGUAAAGAUAUCGGAGAAAACGUUCGCUACUUGGUCGCUUUUGCGGAUGAAAGGCAACCUCCUGUAUUAGCAGCUAUUCAGAUAGCUAAUCUUCCUUACCAAAUGGACUCCAAUAUGGAGCCCUGUCAUCAAAGUUUUGACAACGGGGUUGUCUACUGCUCGAAUCAGAUACCAGGUGACCGUUUGGCUCCAAUCGAAUGGGACAAAGCAAUGCAAAGUUUUCGAUCGUUUUUUGCUGAGUUAUCCAAAAUGCCGAUCAAAUCAACCAACUCCCGAAAGAAGUACUGAAUUGCCGAGAAAGUCUAUAUAUCACUAUUCAAGGUCUAGAAACCACCAUUCAAGCGCACCUCAUGAAAAUGGAAAAAUCGCGGAAGACCGAGGAAAUCAUCGUCUUGAACAAAGACCUUGUUAACCCUAAUAAGGACUUUGAAAUCACUGUGAAAGUACCCAAGAAGAUAAAGGUUGGGGUCAAUCGGUUUCAAACAGCAUUGAACUGCUCUAAUUGCGAAGUGACGUGUCAUUAUCCUUGCAACUUGAGUUUGUGGACGGGUAUCCUGUCAUUAAAGUCGAGCGAUAGCCUGUCGUGCAAGGUCUGCCCUGGAAAGUGCGCAACUGACGAUCAUUCAAAUGAACUCACUAGGUGGGACUACGUUCAAGAAGACGAGACUCGCACUCUCUAUGACAUUCGCAAGAAGUACGACGAGGCAAUGGAAAAGAUGCUAAAUGCGGAAGAACUGAAGAAUGCGUUACAAGGAGAGGCAGAGCAGCUGAAAUUCGACAUUAUUAAAGCGAUGGAUCAGAUUACUCACAUCUCAAAUCUUUUAAAGAAGAUAGCACUGCGAGGUGAUCCGCUCACCACACCCGAAUAUAUUAACCUGAUAAUUGAAAAGGA